AUGUUUUCCUUUCGUCAGCGACUACGGUUCCUGCUGUACAAUUCACAGAGAGCAUGUCGACAUGGGAUCGAAUCUCCACCGAUUCCUUCUUUUUCGAAGGCAGAUGUCGUUGUGAAAUCGAAGAAGGCGGGGCAGAAAUCCAGUACUGGCGCUGAUCAUUGGAAAGCAGUGCUGAUUGCCGAAAGGGAGAAGGAACUAAAAGCAGAACACAAGCGUUAUAGUAUAGUGCAAGAAAAUCGUGCUCAGCAGUCUCAAAUAAUCAGGUAUGCGAUUACUGAAGAUAUCUCAUCAGUUAUCUCAGUCAUAUAUCAACGUGUUAAAGCUGUUGGAAACAAAGGAAAAUUGACUGAGGAGGAUGACCAGUUCAUCUCUUGUUCAUUGAUGAUUGUUCUGAAGAGUCUUGAACGCAUAUUACAAAACAAAGAGGAACUGAACAGCUCGGAAAUACUGUCAAUGUUCUUCUCGUUUGCGAACUUGUGGGAUCACAUACGUAUUUUUGGUGAUGACAUGAAGAUCUGUUCUGUUUUGUUGUAUGACAAAUUUGACCUUUGGUCGCAGUUAAGAGCUACUGACGAAUCAUCUGAGGAAAUCGACCAAAUUUUGGCAUUGAUGGAAGGACGGUUAAGAAAACUGGUGAAGAAGAUAUCGCUCGAAAAUUCUCAGCUAUUUCUUUCUUCAUCCGAUCGAGAUCAUUUAAUUAAGCUGUUGGUUGAUUUAGAUGCUAAUUUAGAUAGUAAGAAACGGUACUCGAAUCACGAUACUAUGUAUGAUCAGAGUAUAUCCCUUUUGGAGCAUUUUCGUGAUCCGGUUGCAAAGCAGGCGUAUCAAGGAAAUCCAUAUCAACUCGAUGGUAUAACUAAGGAAAAUUAUAUAGAAUUAUUUCCUGAUCACAUCGCUACCGAGAAAGCGUCAUGGCUAUACGUUGAAAAUUAUUUGGACUGCUCUAAAGAGGGUUCUAUGUUGUCUGCUGAAGGUUUGAUAGACUCUUGGGGGUGGUUGGAGAAGUUGCAAUUCGCUCUAGAACGGCUACUGGAAGAUCGUGUUCAAAAUCCUUUGAGGCUGAUUGUCAAAAUUGUUCAUAGCAAGGAAUUGGCAAAGAUGAUUUUGGAGUCGAUAAAGGCCGUUUGUUCACAGGGGCAAAAUUUAGUGCCAAUAACAGUAUUUCAUUAUGAUAUAGUUGCGCCUAUACUACGCUCAGUUCAUUCGAAGUUUGUUCAAAAACUUGGAAUCAAUGAGGUUGAGAUUGCUUUCGAUGAAUUUCACACGGAGGCUCGACGACAGAUGGCUACUUUUCUCACUCAGGCAAUUAUUGAUGCCUGUAAAUUUCCUGUGGCUGGCGUAGGAGCAACUCAAAUGCUUGAUGCCUUUUCAAUACGAAACGUAGCAAUUGAGGAAGAGUCUUACAUAUCUGAAGAAGGGCGUAUCACUUUAUCUAGAAUGCUAGCAAUCAAUUCGAAGCUUUUGAAUCUGCUUGAUGAUCAUCCCUUCAAGCACAUUGUUUUUCCUACUCAUCAGCUUCCCAUGACGGUACCACCUCGACCAUGGUGUGAUAGUGGAAUGGGAGGUCCGGAAUAUACACGCCGAUCCGCGAUUCUACGUAAUUUAGCUGAGUACAAGCAAGUGGAUAUCAACAGACAAAUGAGAAAGCGCCUUAAAUCACCGUCAGUGCUUUGUUGGCUUUGA